UAGUUUUUUCUCUUUUUAUGUUUAGGCAGUUGGCACUUUUCUAGGUAAUCGAUUCAGAAAAGGUGUGAACAUAGAAGACUGGCUUUUUGUGAGCGAAUCUGAAGCUCUUUAUUUGCUUUAAUGCAUUUCUGACAAGCUGAGUUGCUCCUCAGCUGGAGUGUCAGUGAGGAUGAGCUGCUCCUGGCUACUGUGGCAUCUUGCCCUGGAGGUCCACGAGGCCCUGUUGCCCUUCCGAUGUCCCCCUGCCCGCUGGCUGGCGAGUUACAGGAUGAACCCCAGCUUGCAGGACAGUUACCGCCUGCUGCAGCUGUCCAGGGAGGGGGGCAGCAGCCCUGCCGAAGUGAAAGAGGCCUACCUACGGCUCGCCAAGCAGUACCACCCUGAUAGCGGGGCUCUCUGUACCGACCCGCACAAGUUCUCCCAGCUGGAGGCGGCGUACCGAGCCGUGUUGGCACACCUGGCGCAGCAAAACGAGAAGGCGCGCCAAUCUGGGGAAGAAGAGGAGGAGGAGGAAGACGGCAAGUCCAGGCUGCAGGCACCACAGCACAGGCAGUACCUCAGCUUUGAGGGGGUGGGCUUGGGCACGCCCAGCCAGCGAGAGCGGCAAUACCGUCAGUUCCGAGUGGACCGGGCCACGGAGCAGGUGCUGGACUACCGUCGCCGGGAGUUUGAACGGCAGGCAGGGGAGGAGGGCGCGUUGAUGGCGCAGGAGGUGCGGCGGAGCAGCCGGCAGGUCAAGAUCACGCAGGCGGUGGAGCGGCUGGUGGAGGACCUCAUCCAGGAGUCCAUGGCUAAGGGUGACUUCAGCAACCUGCGCGGGGCAGGCAAGCCUCUCGGCAAGUUCAGCCACAACCCCUACGCUGACCCCAUGACUCACAACCUCAACCGCAUCCUCAUCGACAAUGGCUACCAGCCGGAGUGGAUCGUGGCGCAGAAGGAGAUCCGCGAAACGGUAGACAAGCUAAGGGCCAGGCUCCUGACGUCAAGGGGCCGGCUGGGGGACCCCCUCUCCCCUGCGGAGCAGCGGCUUUGGCAGCAGGAGUGUAAGGCCUUUGGCGAGGAGCUGGCCAAGCUCAACAAGAAGGUGGACAACUUCAACCUCAUCGUACUCUUGCUGAGCCGUCAGAUGGUGCACUUCAGCCUAGAGAGGGAGCUGAAGAGAACCCUGUGCGCUGACCAAGAGCUGAGAGCAGAGAGGGAGAGGGAAAAGGAGAGGAAGAAGGCCAAAGCUGACAAGUCUCAGCACACCAAACCCACCAAACCAGGCCUUUUCUCUUGGGUGCACAGUCUGCUCAAAUAAACACUGACCAAUCCUCAUGUACUGUGGUUCCGCGUGGGUGUAAAGGAUUCAGUCCAAAAACGUGUCCUGAUACUUGUGGUUCAUUGUAAGGUUAUUAUAUUGUUUUGAGAUUUUAUGUGCACUUUUGUGGUGAAUUCAAAUAAACCUUUUAAUAUAUUAAAA